AUGCCUCCUAAGCGUGCCUCCACCCGACGUGCUGGUGCAAUAGCGCGAUCUUCACAGGUUCACAACAGCCCGUCGUAUCUUCCGAGCGUAACAAGCCCGGAAACAAAUAAUCCCGCCCUACCAGAUAUCCCCGUCAAGCACUCCUUUGCCUAUGGGUCAUCGUCUACUCCUCUUCUACCGCGCAAACUAACUGCGAAGCCCAACCUGGGCCUGGUUGAAGUGGCCGAUGCCAUUGACAAGGACAUCAAGACGGCGCAGGAUCGAGAACAAGACCAACCUCAAACGAAGACUCGAUCGCGCAAGGCAUCUGCCUCUGCGAGUCGCUCCCCCGUUCGCCGCAGUCGGCGGGAGCCAACCCCCGAUCAGAUCCAACUGCUCGACUCGCUGCGCGAGGUCACCGUAUCGCCUCAUCCUGAAGCGGGUCAUUCUACCCCAACGCCUACACCUCCUAUUCCCCAUUCCCUUUCCACCAUGUCCAGCCCAGCGACGCGCAAUCUCACGAACCCCCAGCAUCAAGAUUUGCAAGCCGAGCAACUCUAUCCUUCUCCACUUCUGCGCUUUGGAUCGCCUACGCGCGAUGUUUCGUUGAGCUCACCUCAGUUUGGAAGUUCGAUGGACAACGAAUCACUUAUCUCCUGGUCCGUGGAGCGUGAUAUACAUGGCGACGACCUCCAACGAGUGCAUCCGACUACCGCUCGUACAGAUCCAAAGAUGAAGAAUAUCACAGCUCCUCCUCGCCGAUUCUCCGGACUCGCUUUCGCCAACGACACCAUCGAAGAAGAAGAACCAGAGUCGGAGCAUCCAGCCUCAAAAUCUCCUUCCCCCAAACGGGCAACACAGGCGCAACCUACCACCGACUUUGAAUCAUCAGAACCUCGCCCACUGUCACGUUCAAGGAGCCGAUCGGACUCCAGACAACAGGAACCCAUGACUUCGUCAGCCCCCGUUCGAACGAUAAUUCCGGACCGUAUCGUCGGGGAAGCUUCCUAUUCCGAGCCGAUUGCACCCCGCCAGGAACACACGAUGCGCGAUACUCCCGCUACAACCAGCUUUGCAUUCUCCCCGCCAAAGGGCGCGGUUAUGCGUUUAGUGGCAUCUGCUAUAGUAGCUAUACUGUCCAUUGUUGCCGUCUACUCAUUCGGCGAUAAUCUGGCUGAGCUUUCUUCCAAUAUUGGCUCGCCUCUUUCCUGGGGUAGGGGGCUGUCUCAUAUCGAUCUCAACUCGACUGGGCUGGAAGCCGUGAACAGUUUAUCGACGCAAGUGCUACGACUCGGGGCACAAGUCUCGUCGCUUUCCCGGGAUGUCAGGAACAUGAGAGCCGAAGUCGACAACGUGGCUGCAGCGCCUACUACAAUCGUUCAACGCCUGCCAGCCGUCCCUGAGGUAGCGCGAGUCAACUUCCUUUCCAUUGGCAUGGGCCCGAUUAUCGACCCCUACACAACAAGUCCAACGGCAGGACGCACCCCAACUCUGCUGGAAAAGGCGGCGUCUCUCUUCUUUCGAACCCCACGCCGUGGCCCGAUGCGUCCUAUCAUGGCUUUGGUGAACUGGGAGGAGGUAGGCGACUGCUGGUGUAGCGCUCCCCGUUCUGGUGUCUCGCAGCUCUCGGUGUUGCUGGGCCGCCAUAUUGUGCCAGAAGAGGUCGUUGUGGAACACAUCCCCAAGGGCGCUACCAUUCGGCCUGAGGUUGCGCCCCAAGACAUGGAGUUAUGGGCUCAAUUUUCCGUGGUGGACACCAGCGCUGCUUCGUCGGGGCAGCCGCUUCGUCCACUACCAGCGUCCCAGAUGCCCGAGGGCUUUUCUCUGCAUGAGACCAUCAUGGGUGCGCUUCGCGUCGCUUACAAAGGCGAACCAGAGAGCGCCUACUCCGAUGACAAACUGUUGGGGGCGUCUUUCUAUCGCAUUGGGAAGUGGAGGUACGACAUUGACGCGCCGAACAACAUCCAGGCGUUUGCGCUCGACGCAAUCAUUGACGUGCCCGCUAUCCGUGUGGGCCGGGUUGUUUUCCGGGUCAAGUCCAACUGGGGGGCGAACGAAACGUGCAUUUAUCGGUUGAAGCUAUACGGUCAUAUGUAG